AUGGAACAGGGUCACUACAACAACCUGAUGGAGGAAUUGGCCAACGAAGCUCCUGAACUGUUCAAGAAUUACACCAGGACAAGCAAAGCCCUGUUUGAUGAGAUUGUUGAACGCGUUACGCCGCACAUCAAGAAGCAAACAACGUGGUGGAGAGACCCCCUCGAACCUGGCCUGCGUGUUGCCAUCACACUACGGUUCCUAGCAACAGGGGACAGCUACAUGACUCUGCAGUACAGCUUCAGAGUUCCCCACAACACCAUCAGCGGCAUUGUGCCAGAAACCUGCCGUGCAAUUGUCGCCGAGUAUGGAAGUGAAGAGCUCCGAACACCACAGACACAGGCGGAAUGGCUCCAGGUUGCAGCGGGCUUUUGGGACAAGUGGAAGUUUCCCAACUGCAUAGGUGCCAUUGACGGGAAACACAUCCGCAUCAAGAAUCCACCUGGAGGAGGGUCUUACUACUAUAACUACAAGAAGUUCUACUCAAUACUCCUGGUGGGCAUCUGCGACAGCCAAUACAGAUUCCUCUACGUCGACGUGGGUGCCAUAGGGUCCGAGUCAGAUGCAGGGGUGUUCGCCCACACACAGCUGAAAGAGCUGGUUGAGCACUCUAAGGCCCACAUCCCCCCUGCAGGACCUCUACCAGGCGAUACUGAUGGCAAGAAGUGCGACUACUUCUUCGUUGGAGACGAUGCCUUUGCCCUUCGACACUAUAUGAUGAAACCAUACCCACUUCGGUCGCUGACGGUUGAUGAAAGGAUCUACAACUACAGGCUGAGCAGGCUGUAG